AUGGCACAACGAACACGAACAUUUGCGUGCCUUAUCUGCGGAUCUAUCAUCGAUUAUUGGGGCGAUAAUAUCGAUGCUGUUACUGAUGACGAUGGUGUCGAGUAUUAUCCCCCUCCGUCUUGGAGGACCAAGUACCGUCUUGUCUACACCCAUCCGCACGGCAUUUCAGUAUCCGGGGUCGGGCUCAACGAGGAUGACUACCCGUCUUACUGGUCAGCACCUCGGAACUUCAACGGCAGAUGGGACGAUGGUGGAUACAUGGGUCUAAGACGCGACCGUAUUGGAGUGCUCCAGCAACGUCCGCUCAACGGUAGUUAUGGAUUUCCUAUUCAUGAAGCUUGCUGGUCUCUCUUGGAAGUGGCUUACGCUCCGCAGCCAGUCCCCCAUGAGAGACUCUUUGAAGCUUGCAGGUCACUGCCAUUGCCAGUUGAAAGCUACGCCUUUAGUUGGGGUCACAACUAUGGAGGCUUGACCCACAUAAAUAACAAGCAAUAUUAUCCGUGGGAAAAUCGAUUUUCUGAUCCUCAAUCGACAGAGGCUUGUCGGGAUGCUAGUUAUGACCCUUACAAUAUCCCGGAAAUCCAAGCACUUCUAUCGGAAGAAGCGGAGGAUUUUCGCAUUGAAGAGUCUGCCCAUGCACCUACGAUAGUACCAAAUCGCUGUACUACACUUCCUGCGGAGCUUGCCAUUCAAAUCGCCUGCUACCUGCCAACUGCCGAUGCUUUAAACGCCCGCCGAGCCUUACGAUCGUUCGUGCCCAUCUUCCAUAGUAAGCAAUUCUGGGCGUCGAGGUUUCGUACCGUAGCAGAUCGCUCUUGGAUAUUUGAGUCCCGGCAAUGGAACAAUACUACUGAUUGGAGAUGGAUCUAUCGUCGCACCAGCAAAGCUUCCCGCAACAAGGGCAUGCAAAACAGACAGAGAAUCUGGGAAUUAAUCCAGCAGGUCCAACAAACACUCAUUGGACAAUGGAGCGAUGGGCCACUCUUAGAUUCCCCUCAAAUGGAUACGACAACUCUGGCGUGGGUAGAGGCAACCGCCCACGUGCAUCCGGUGUCAACAGAUAUCCCCCACGAGGGAUGUCAAAUAUUUCAUCAACAGCAAACAGCCGUACCCGCCGUACUUUCCAAAAUCUCUUUCUCGAUUAUCUGUGUUGGGGGGGUUGAAUAUAUUGCGGGAUUAGGACUCACUUCCCAGACAGGCGAGGUUGCCCAGUUAGGCUACCGUGCCACAGGCAAAGAGCUGACUUUGGAUGCCGUGUCCCUUGAAGGAUUCAACUUGGCUGUAGGUUCAAGAGGCAUACAGGGUAUUCAAUGUAUGCUGGAAGGUGGGCGACUAUCACCAUGGUUCGGGUCCACGGUUGAAGCGCCACAAACAAGACGGCUUGCGGUUUCAAACCCAAUCGCAUAUCUCGAGGCUGGAUUUGACGGUAUGAAAAUGGUGAGGUUGGCAAUUGCAGAGUCUAACCCUCCCACGCCUCAGAAGGACAGAGAACAUUCAGUGGGCGACUGUGCGUUUUGGUAUCCCCAACUUCCAAGCAAGGACUUGCAUCUGCAUGGGAAAUAUUUCCCACCAAGAGACAACGCCACAACCAAGUACCAGCCUCUUUACUGGACAUUAUUUGGGGGACACAAGGGACAACAUCUUAGGCACUUAACUGGGAUUUCAGUGGCAUCCUUUGGCAACCCCAGGUACAUCCAUUUUCACUUUAAUACCGAGGAUGUUCCCACCACAAAUCACAAGACAAACAAGUGGGAAAGGUACGCCGCGACCAGGGUCAAGCAUUUUGAAAUUGACGGACCCGGCGGCGAAUUUAUCUCUGGCGUUGAAAUUUACACAGGAAUUCGGGAUUUUGAAGAUGAUCUGUCGUGGCAUGCCAGAUCUGGGUUGCUGGAAUCGUUCAAGAUUUGGACAAAUCGCGGAAGGUCCUGUGACUUUAAACAUGACGUGUCGCGUCCCUAUCGGAGUCCCAGUUUCAAAAUCGUGCGAACGGUCGUGAAUAUUGCCCCAGGAUCUGUCAUCACUGGAUUGUAUUGGAGUCAAUAUAACAAUGACCUUCUGGCGCUGGGAGUCAUAUCUGAGGAUAUCGAGAUGCCGACCACAAACAACACCAGUGAAGUAACAGCUCACCAAUAG